AUGAAGACAUGCCCUGACUCCCCUCCAUACAGCUUCCACGACGGGCCUGCGGGGCAGAAGACGAGGAAAGACGACGACGAGCUCCUCCUCCCCCUCGACGAUGAUGACGAGGUAGAAACGCACCUCGAAGCCCAGCGGGGCCUCAUUGAUGACGACGUCCCUGAUUUUCUCGGUCGGGAUGAAGCGGUUCUUGGGGCCCCCGAGCGUCGGGAGGAUGAAGCCGUCUCCCUGGGAAAUGGUCUGGACGCCGAGGCCCCGCAGGACCAGGAGCGUCUCGGACCUGUAGAUGCGCAGCUGCGCGGCGUGCAGCAGCACCAGGCACAGCGGGACGAGGAGAUAGGCCGGGCUGGCGGCCGACAGGGACGCAAAGACGCGGCCCGGCGGCGAGGCCAGGCCCAGCUGCAGGAGACGCACCGCGAGCUCCGAGAGGCCUUCUGGCGAGAGCAGCGGCGACGACUCGGGCCGGUCGUCCCCGUCGUGGCAAGCAGGACGGCCGAGGCCGCGAUGAUGACGCGUCCCACCGUCACGGCAGCCAAGAGGACGCGCAGGCCAAGGGUGAGUGGCGGGCGUGUCGUCACGGUGAACUCGGCGGUCGUCGAGGAGGACGACCGACGAUCUAGAUGCACGGGCAUGAUUGAGAUGAAAUGA